CCAACUCGCAUUCAGAAACCAGCAAGGUGAUGUUACAGAGCGUGUCGUAUACGGUAUCCAGUUUUUAGGGGGCAGCUAUUCUGGAGAACUGCACAUAGAAAUAAGACAAGACAGCCCACUGGAAAGUUACGAUUCCUCAACUUUAAUCAUUGGACAUGCCACCUCAAAUGGAUUAUUAUUGUGAAGAAUCACGCGUCUCCUCUUCGUGCGGGCUGAUGAGCAGAGAUGACGGGUUGGAUAGGGAAUCACCAGCCAUCAGCUGUAUGCUAGUAGGAGACGGGGCAGUGGGAAAGACCAGCAUGAUAGUAAGCUAUACAACCAAUGGAUACCCCGCGGAAUAUAAACAGACUGGAUUUGAUGUGUUUUCUGGUCAGGUCCAAGUAGAAGAAACUCCAGUCAGAAUACAACUGCUGGACACUGCUGGGCAGGAAGUUUUUGAUGAUUUCCGCUCCCUCUCAUAUUCCCACACGGAUGUCUUUCUGCUCUGCUUCAGUGUGGUAAAUCCUUCAUCCUUCCACAACAUCACCAACAAGUGGAUACCUGAAAUCAGAGCCUGCAACACCUCAGCUCCCAUCAUCCUCGUGGGCACCCAGUCUGACCUCCUCUUGGAUGUCAACGUCCUGAUCAACCUGGCUUGUUGCGGCGUCAAACCGGUCCUUGCCCCUCUAGCACGGAGAAUGGCCCAGAAGAUCAGGGCGGCUGACUAUGUGGAGUGUUCCUCUCUGACUCAGAAGAACUUGAAGGAAGCGUUCGAUGCAGCCAUCUUUGCCGCAAUUAAGCACAAGGCUAGAAUGGAGAAGAAGAGGAGACUGUCGGGCAGACGCAGCAAGACUUUGUCAAAAUACAGCUGGAAGAAGUUCUUCUGUUUUGUCUGAGAUUAAGACCUCACAGGUCUGGGAGAACAAUGACUUAUUAUUUAUUAACUUAUGAGGACUUACCUAAUAGAGUUUAUAUAGAGACAGAUGUGAACUGAGCUGUAUCGGACUAGCUUGACUGUUCACUGCUGGGGACAGUGGUACAGAAGCUUGAGCUAUACAAUCAAAGGGCUGCAUUUGGACUACUCAAUACAUUGAAUACACCAUAACAUGGCAAACUAUCAUGCCUGAUUGUUGGUGGUUGACAGUGUCGGUCAAGUAGUUCCACAUUGUUUUGGUAACCAACAAGGAAGAGUGGCACAGAAACGAGAAGAAUAUUUAACCAAGGUCUUUAGCAAUAUCCUGUCGGUGGGACAUCAUGAGAAAGAUGUUAAUUCAUUUGGAUUGGUGCCUAUUCCAACCUCUGCCUCACAACUUUUGUGUGAGACAAUAGGUGAGUUAGUUGUGGAAGACACAAGGCAGUGUUAAGGUAGCUUUGGUUGUUAGCCAGUUUCCCUUGUAUUCGGUGAUGCCUAGCUACACAGACACAGCCCUAUUCAUAUGCAACAGUGUAGACUCAAGUCAGUCCCAGCACUAAGCUAGGUGUUAACUUCUUACCAGUAUGUGAACUGGCUCCCAGGCCAAUGUGUUGAUUAUUAAAGGACUUUGAUGCGGUCCACUGACAGCAUCAACGCCUCUCACCCCUGACUUAUCAAUGUAACUCUAUUAACACUCCUAAUUAUAUCAACUUUUGGGAUCUGUUUGACACGCUAGAGAGAAUGAUUUUCUAUUCGGAUGAAUCUUGGGGAAACUUGGGAGACCUAUUUGCAAUUACAAUGUAGUGACUGUAAAGGCUAUAUUCCGCAGUCCACCCCCAUACCCUGAUGCUGGCAGGGGAGCUGGCCAAAUCUCCCCCAUGGGUCUUUUCAUCCUCUCCCCCAUCUUAAUAAGCAUUUGUAAAGGCCCCAAGUGGGGUGGAGAGGAGAGAGCUUAUAUACCCAGCCCAGCAAAGACGCAGUCGGGGAAUUCUACUGUCCCUCUCAGAACCAGUUUGUUGUUUUUCAUUAUUUGUUUACAUCCUGCACCAUUUAUCCAAACUCUGUAUUUUAAAUGCAUUUCCUGUACACAUUAGAAAUGCAUUUAGAAAUGGACCAAAAAAAUACAUUCUUUGGCGUACCUAAGUUGCACAUGUAUUCCAAAAUACAUCAGGGAAAUAUUUGUGAUUUAAAAACUACCAAUGAGCGUGGAUUCAGUGAGUAGAGUCCAGGUGAAAUCCCAAUAACCCCUAACCCAUUCACCCUGCAAAGGAUGUUACACUCCUGUCUGUCUGAAUGUUGGUUAAAGAUGACUUCACUCCUGUCUGUCUGUCUAAAUAUCUGUUGGUAAUGACCACACUGUCCCGCCUCUUUAUCCAACCAAAUCUUCCUGCUGCUAUAUAGGGAUCUAUAGAAUAUAUUAUGAACAUUAUAGGAGGCCAAAUAGGCCAAUGUCAUGUUUGAUAGCCUGGGUGCUCAUCUGGUUCUGUGUUGUUUGAGUGAUUGUCAGAACAUUUGUGACCGUCUAAAAGGAUGGCUCAUGUAGAUAAAGAUUGGCACCAGGGCUAUAUGAUUUAUAUGCUUCUUAUGGAAGAGUGAAUGUACAUUUGAUAAUUAUUACUGUUGGUUUUAAACAGUUUAUUGGAAGUCUUUCUCUUCCCAUUUAUGCUUUUUAAAUCUGUGAAUUGUUUAUUUUUGUGCAGUUGUAUAUUUUUGUCACGUCUCUAAUUCUGUCAAAAUGCCUUCUUUUUCAUACAGCGUUUGAAUGAAGUGAUGGAAAUAAAUUAUCUGAAAAGCUAAUUUU